AUGCCGCCAGGGUGCCCUCUGCCGAUAGUGUUCACUGUCUCUUGGAUGCUGUUGGAGGACGACUGCGAAGGAACAGGCAUACAAACUGGUGAGAUGAGGGAGGUGAAGUUGUGUCGAACUCCCAUGUUAAUACUCUCUAAGGGGAAAUGUCACUGUCGCCUCACUUCGGAAUCACAACCACCACCACCAUCAACGAUGGAGUUGGUACGCUCUGUCGACGCGAUGGUGACCCGCGUCAAACGCAAGCGCAAAGGCAGGACCUCACCGUUCCCCUUUCUCGACCUCCCUGCCGAGAUCAGGAAGAAGGUAUACGAUAUCCUCGAGGACGUCGUCGACCACAGCUCGGACAAAGACCAACACAAGCGCAAUGAGUACGACGGGUUCUCCAAAACCAGAAAGGCACUACGCUUGACGUGCAAGACUGUCAACGACGAGUUCACACCACAUUUCUUUCGCUCGACGACGUUCUGUAUGCGCUUCGAGAAACACACACCGGGAGAGUUCGUGGCGUUCGUGAAAUGUCUGGCACCAGAGAAGGUCUUCAAUAUCCGACACUUGGAGUACCGCGCCCUUGAGUUUCCCUACGGCAGUCGCAGUCUCAGCAGUCUCAUUCCGAAGGGGUUUCUGAUGUUCCGUCACAAUGAUGCGCACUCGGGACGGGUCUUACUUGCAGAAUGCUGGAGGAAUAUGGAUGUACGCGCUUUGAACGAAAUCUUUCAACAAGUUACGAAUAUCCUUCCGCCACGGCCGGAUGACAUGGACAUGGACGAAGAAGAAUGCUGGACUGAGAGGGUGAUUCAACAGUGCGAGCGGCCGUGGCUGCAUCUUGAGACGCUGAACAUUGUGCACAGUCCGUUCAAUCGCUUCGAGUGGGCGUUACAGGGGAGUGAUCAUGGUGGUCCUCGGCCAUUCAGGCUUCUUGAUUGGUGGAACAUUGGAUUACCGGAGCGGAAAGUGGGCUUGUGGGCGUUGUGGGAGGGCGGAUUGCUUCGAUUGGGAAUGCUGGGCAGGCCAGUACGGCGGGAAAUUUGUCCUGGGACUUUUGGGUUCAGGCUGUUCUUCAGGAAGGACAAGAAGAUGUUGGAGGAGGAGUUGGGAGCUGCUCUGGGAUGUCGGAGGGUCAAGAGUCCAGAGGAUACGAUGAUCGAUCCACCAUCAUGUGCUGUCGAGCUCCAGCGGAGAUCAGAAUCAGACAGUGGGCUUAGUAUUUCUGCGUGA